AUGGUCAAAGAACUGCACAGCGAUUUCCAGAAACUCACGGCCUUGGUUGGCAUCAAUCUGGCGAGCACGAUCCGCAUGACCGACCAGCUACCACGGCGUGAACAGCGGCUGAGGCAGAUCAUCCAAAAUCUCACGGCGAAAAUUGAGAACGUCCAUGUUAAAGCCAGUGAAUCAGUUGCAUCCGAUGUGCAAAAGGCGUAUCAACGUGCCUACGAAGAAGCCUACGCAAUUUCUGGCCCAGGAACUCGUCAAAAUAUGAUCGACAUACUAUUCGCGGCACUGGAGCGAGAUCAAGUCAUCAAGAAGUCUAUUGAAAAACUGGUAAGCAGAUUGGAGCAAGAUCUCAACCGCUGUAGGGAUCAGCUGGAUACAGAGCUGAACAAGCUGGCAGAGCUCAUUAUGGCGGACUAUAACUAUGCUGUGCAGCAGAGUAACGGUGAACCCGAUGCGAAGACCCAGGCAAUCAAGGAAGACUUGCGAGUCGGUAUUGCUGCUCGAGGACAUGGUGUUACCUUGGCAUGUGGUGCAAAGAGAGAAAGAACAGACGAUCUCGAGGACGAAGAUGCGGCAAGAAUGGAAGAUAUUAUUCGAAGGCAGAAGCAUUCUGGAUCUGAAGGAGGACAAGGCACGUCAACCAACAGUCGAUCGUCAAGUGAUUCAGUCUUGGACGUUGAGGUUACUAACGAUGCAGAAACGGGUGAAGAAGAGACCAAGGAAGAUUCGAGUGCCGAGGAAUGUGGAUGA